AUGGCCCAAGUCGCUCGAUCCCGGCGGCGGAACCUCGUCCUCCUCGUCGCCGGCGUGCUCCUGUUCCUCAUCUUCCACCGUACCUAUGCCCCAGGGAGCCUGCGUCAGACCGGCGGACCGUCGACCGCUGACCAUGGGAGAUUCUGGGUGAAGUUCCAUGACAUCCUCAAGGUCACGGCCCCUGACUGCAACUCCCCCAAAAGACUGGAGGACCACCCGACAGCCAUUGGGUUCAAACCUGAUGAGGCGGACAGCGUGACGUUGCCCGAGCAUAUCGUGGUCGAAGAGGAGGAUAAGGAAAAGCUGAAGAAAGCGCACUCUCACUUUAUGAGCUUGCUAUCCGCCCCGAACGCCCCGAGACUCGCGUACAAGCCACGGACGAGAGGUAUAGUGUCAACCGCGGGCGGCUCAUUUCUGCCCGUCGUUGUGACGUCGCUGCAUAUGCUACGACAAACCGGGUCCGACUUGCCCGUUGAGAUCUUUAUCGCGGAUCCCAGUGAACACGAUGAGUACAUUUGCAACUCGCUCUUCCCCAGCCUCAAUGCACGAUGCAUUACCCUGUCCGAAAUCUUAGACCAUUCACCCUUGGCGGCAGGCCUCAAGAAAUAUCAGUUUAAAAUCUUUUCGCUCCUAUUUUCUUCAUUCGAGGAGGUUAUGUUCCUCGAUGCCGACGCAUUCCCAAUGCACGAUCCCGGCCGUCUCUUUGCCGCUGAGCCGUUUAGCUCCCAUGGCUUGGUAACUUGGCCGGAUUUCUGGCAGGUGACCUAUCACAAAUCCUUCUUCGAAAAUCACGUCGCAGCCCACUCCCCAAAGGUUUCUCGCACGCCUCUACCGAGUCUGAAAUCGCACGCAAAAAUGCUCCUUCUCUCCGCUUACUACAAUUUCUACGGCCCGUCGCACUACUACCCUUUGCUAUCCCAAGGGCACCCCGGCGAGGGCGACAAGGAGACAUUCUUGGCUCCUGCACGGAUUUUAAAUCUGCCGUUUUACGCUGUUUCCACGGGUCCUGGCGUGUUUGGUUACAAGAAGCCCGACGGUGGCUGGGAAGGCGGCGUUAUCAUGCAAGCUGAUCCCAUAUGGGACUCGAAGCUCCAAAAGGACCAGAGCUUCGGGUGGGGAGGCAAGCCUAACGCGCCUCCUAACUCCUUCAUAACUUGUCACGCCAACUUGCCCAAACUGGAGCCGGUUCGGGUGUUUGGCGAUAAAGGACUUGCAUGGACGGAGGACAACAAACCAAAGCGCAUGUGGGGUCCUGCCGAGGAAAUGAUCGGUCGAGUGGGACAUGAUAUUGAAAAGGACCUCUGGAAAGCAUUAGCCUCUACCGCAUGCGUUCUAGAAGGGAAGUACAAACCGUGGGAUGGGAAGCCGAAGCUGUGUGAGAAGAUAAUGAACUUUAUUAGCGACAUGAACGGGAAAUGA